UAAGUUGAAGCAAAUGGACCCCAUGAUUCGUGCGUGUUACAGCAGGUUCAUGGACCUCCAAGAAGGCACUUUGGCUUGGAUUAUCGCCAUUGAUUCUUUGUUCUUGAUCCACGUUUUGUCGUCCUAUGAUCCCAGAAAUGACAAUAUUCUCACUCGGGACAUAAUCCUGCUCGAGAAUCAGAUUCCUGUUGUUCUUCUUAAAGAAAUCUUGAAGCUAGUUGAACUGUCAUCACCUUUCGAUGAAGUAUCUUUGAUGUUGUUGAGGUUUUGCGAGGCGCAUUCGCCGUUGAAAAUCUCAAUGGAAUCGAGGAAUUUCAAUGAUUCCGGCCGACAACCUCUGCAUCUGCUAGAUCUCAUGUACCAUUUGAUUGUCAAGGAUCAAGGUCCAGCGUCAUCUUGCGACGUUAUUGAGGUUCCAAUUCAGGAGAUUUCUUUCCUACAAAAUUCCAGGGUUGAAACCAAGUUGAUUGUCGCCCAAGAACAGGACGGCCAAGACCAAAACACGUUCCAAAAAUUCGAGGAAAUUAUAAAUGGUCUAGAGUCUAUGGGUCUAAAAAACACACGACACAUUAUAACGCCGGUUAAGGCUGUCUCGAAUGUUAUUCCUUGGACCACCAUUUCAGGUCUGUUCAGGACAGCCACAAAGAUCGACGGGAACGACGAAGACGAGAUAACAAUCCCUUCAGUGGCGUCGUUAUGGCGCUACGCUUGCAUCAGAUGCUCCCCAGUUCUGCAAGGGGGCAUCUGCAGCAUCAAAUUCGACCAACACGAAGCCACCCUUUACCUCCCAGUCAUCACUCUGAACUCAUGCUCAGAAGUUAUACUGAGAAACCUCGUAGCCUACGAGGCUUCCAUGCUCAAAUCAACCUUGGAAUUUGCGAGGUACGUGAAUUUGAUGAAUGGGAUUGUGGACACUGCUGAGGAUGUUAGGAUAUUGAGGCAAAAUGGGGUGAUCAAGGGCACUCUCAGUGACCAAGAAACUGCGGACCUCUUCAAUGGUAUGAAAAGGUUUUUCACAAAACUAGAUAAGAUGUCCAACAUUGAGGUUGCCAUCAAGACGACCAAUGAGUUCUAUGAUAUGAGGAUGAUCGUCAGGGUCUAUAGGAAGAUGAAGAGAAAUGCACACAUACCAUGGAAAGUUUUUGCUGUUCUUUCAUUCAUUUUAACCCUCGGACUGUUGGCUUUCGAAACAUUGUGUGGGUCCUACCGUUGCAGAAAUCUUUGGGCCAAGUAGUAACUAGGGGUGUUAGCGAACAGUGCUUUCGAUAAACUAUUCGUAUUCGUGUUCGGUAAGUGUUCGUUUAUGUUCGUUUGUUAAGGUAAACGAACAUUAACAAACAAAAUUUAGAGCUCGCUUUAUAAACGAACAUAGUCCGAACAGUUGUAAGCUC